UGCAGAAAUCAGCGCGCUGAACUAGAAAAUAAAUUUGUGCCGCUUCUAUAUUCGACUGUCUUGACUGAAAUGUGACGCGGAUUGCUUGAGAUGAUGUGAAAAAAUGAGCUCCACCGCAUCUUGUUCUCUUCAUAUGCGAAAAUAUUGCAAUGAUGCACUGCUGAUGUAAAUCGCGAGAAAUCGGAAUUUGGGAUGAAAAAGAAAAGGAAAGAAAGAAGACCUUGGAAAACAAAAUACCGACCCCGACCCCGGCCCCGAGACCGCGUUUUACUGACACCCCAAAGUUUAAAUCUUUUCCCUAUUUAUAGCCGUGUCAAAUUAACCGUCGCUUCGCUUGAGUAACCGCACAUGUCGGCGGGAUUCUUGUUUUCCAAAAUCCCGCAAACUAGGUACUGGAUGUGGUUCUCAAUACAAAAGGAUAGCUAUUAUUUAGACUUUCAGUAACAUAUAAAGACAGAGGGUGUAUCUUGGGCCAAAGCGAAAACCAAAAACUAAAUUUAGAGAUCCGUGACCGAUGCAAUACAUCGGUUUUCUGUGGUUUCUGUGGUUGAAGAUCUCGCUCGUGAUUGGUUAUAACACAAUAAACAUUCCAGACAUACUUUAGGUGUUAAUGAUUUUCUGAGUUUGACAGCAUUGUCAGUAUUGAAAUCAACCGUGAAAAGCUAAAAAUGUGCAUCGCAUGUCAUGACAAAGCGGACGCGGACGCGCACGACAUGUUGACCUAGUUUGAGAGUUAAGCGGUCAGGAGAAGAGGUCACCAAGCAGAAAGAGAAGGGAAUAUCUGACUCUCAGGGUACCUUUGCUUAUUAACCCCCGAGUCUAUACAUCAUGACUUCACUAACCACUAACACUGCUGCAGAGGGAUACAAGGAAAGCUCUCUUCCCGUACAAAACGAGUCCGGCAAAACGUUCAUACGAGUGAACGUGAACCCUCAGCCCGGAGACACCAUCUUGGAUUUAGGCUGCGGUACAGGAGGGCUGUCUGCAUACCUGGCCGAACUCGUCGGACCCAAGGGAAAAGUUGUGGGUGUUGAUCCUGACAAGGAGCGACUUCAACUAGCUCGGCAAUCUUACGGUGACAUAAAGAACCUCUCCUUCAUCGAAGGAAGCUCUUCGCAGUUCCCAGGUAUUAGAUCAGAGAUGUACGACAUUGUCUUUAGCAACUAUGUAAUUCAGUGGAUUCCUGACAAAGAUAACGCGUUCCAGAACAUGUAUACAAGCCUUAAAUCCGGCGGCAAAGUGGCAGCGCAGUAUGUCAGCUAUCUUUACCCAUUCAUGCUGAACGCCUUUCAGGAGCUAAAUCCAGAGAAGGCAGCGCAAAUAAUCGGCAUGUUCAACUUUGAAGAGAGGGCAAAAAUCGAGCAGUACUGCUCUGCCGCCGGAUUCCAUAUAAUCAACAGCUACGACACUGAAAGUGCACAGUUUGUGUUUGAAAGCACUGACGGGUUUCUUAAGUGGCUUUGGUCAACUACGAACGGUUUGUUUGAUCCUAAGCUGGUAACCGAAGAACGCUUGCAGAGAUAUCAUCCGUAUUCAAGCCCGACAGGUGGAAAACCACUGGAUUUCCGCGGAAUCAAGGAGGAAACGACUGUGUGUCGACUGCUGGCAGUGAAAAAAGUCUAUUAGAACAGUAAAUUUGUUAUCAGACUUUAGUUGUUUGAACUGUCAAUUGCCAUACCUCUGACCAGUGGACUAUUUUUGACGAUGUCAUGCAAUUUCAGGGGUUUCAUUAAGAGCCGGGCACCGCGCAAAUUGACCCGCGGCUGUGAGGAUGAUUUUGCCCGCCUGAUUUGACAAUCUUGGGAACUCAAAGUUUUUCUUUGAAAGAAGUUCAGUUCGAAGAGGUUUUGCCCGCCUGUGAGAACCAGUUACCCUCCUACUGAAAAUGUUACUGAAAUCCCUGUGCAACAUUAACAAUGUUUCGCAUUUUUCAUAGAAAACAGAAAUUCAACUCCAUCGAUUGAUUUAGUGUGCCAAUAUAGUAACCCUGCGCAGUUUUAUAAGAAACCAUUUUUAACUCAUGGAAGUAUGUGACCCCAAACGCGCCAAUUUCUACAAAGAAAUGUAUGCCUGGGGGCAAUAUUAACGAAAGGCUUGCUUAAGGCUGCUGAUUAGAGACAAAGGUUAACAGAAAACCAACCAACGCCGAUGAUCGCAUUUUACAUUGCCGUAGCCUGGGGAGCAGGUCGUCGUAGCCGCGAGCGCGAAAUCGAGCAGCAAAGCCGCGAGACGAGACUCCUCACCGCAGGAUCGCUUUGCUCUUUGCCGCUCGCGCAUGUAACAUUUCCCAAGUCAUGUAGACAGCAGAUAACAGAAAUCACUUCUGCAUACCAUGUUGAACCAGGCCUGCCGGCUCUCGCCCACUUGACAAUAUUUUUCUGAGGAAUGCGAACAGUUUAAAACAAUAUAUGUAUUCAAGACUUAAUUAUCAAGCGAACUUUGAACUAAACCGUAACUCGUUUCACUACCUCACAGGCCUCUGACACACACAGGUUACCAUAACGACAACCAUAGCCUGCGUGAAUGGCCGGAUUUUGCGCGAGUGCUUUCGUUUUGGUGGCGAAGUCAUUGAUGCGUGAACGCGAGUGGCGAAGCCCGCGAGAGAACAAAAUGGCGGCUCCGCCACCAAAAAAAACACUUCUUAACGAAUCCCGGACAAUCCCGAAAACCCCCUCACGAAGACUCCACACGUAUCAAACAGAAGUCCGCGGAUGUUGCACAAUGUCAACUUAAAGACUUAAAAAGCAAAAUCGAUAAGGGAAUCCAACCAGUCUUUAUCCUCGGGAAAAGCAGGAAAAUCCAACAAGAAGUUAAGAUGCAAAACUGAGCCAAAACCAGCCAUUCUAAAUGACCUGCGUCAUGCAGGUCAUGUCGUCAACACCUCCACAAACAAGUUGAAGAACAAAAGAGAUCGGAGAGCAGAAGAGAUCUUUCCGUGCAAAGCUUUCCACAUAGGAUUACUUGCUCCCAAUUUUUAUACCCAUAAUUACAUUCACAAAUUCUUCACCGCAUUUUUCCACGCUAGAACUUGAUACUGUAACUGCGAAACGUUGUUCCCUAAUGAUUUCGCUAGUUACAUAAAUUCGUAUGAAAUGAAGCAGAAUCGGUGUCCGAAAACUAAUGAAUGAUACAUUUGCGAAUCAAAAGUGUGCAAGUAAUUUGCCGGUGAAAACCGCUUCAAAAGAUUUGAAACAUAAAUAUAAAAAAAAAAAAACUUAAAAAAAGUUAGUUAACAGUAGCAAAAAAAAAAAAGCAAAUAAAACAAUCAAAGACUCUUUACGCCAACUCGUGAUAGUUGACACGGACAUGCCGAUA